AUGAAAGCAUCAUUAUUCGUUUGUGUCAUCUUAGUGGCGAUAUUUUUCAUGCUUGUUUCCGGACGCAAUAGCAGCACCACGGAUGAAGGGUUCGAGAUUCCAGUUAGUAAUGAACUGACCCGCUCUAUAAACAGAUCUCGCAGAAUACAGCCCUGUCGUCGAAGUGUCCAGAAGAGCUGCACAUCCACCAAGAUGACCUGUGGCCGCUUAGGAAAAGCCAAUAUCUGCCAGGCCUUCAAGAACGACUGCCAGCGACAAUUGAGCAACUGUGACCCAAAAAAAUUCUAUCGUAAGGUGCACCAGAACCUCUGCCGUGGUAUGCCUGUCGAUGUGGUUCGACCCUGUGGCAGUUGAUUAUCCAGCGAGAUUUGAUUACAAGAAAUGUAAAAACUAAACGCUUUUCAGAUUUCU